AUGCUCUUGGCUGGGUGUCAUGGCUUUGAUGAGCGCCACAUUGUUUGUUCAUUUGGAUUGGAUGGCCCAAGCGUGAAAAAGGAGGAAGAAAAAAGUAGGACGACGCGUCGUCUAACAUGUCAGAUGGCGCAUCUUCCCCGUUUGCUUUCUGCAGCAACUCUCCAGCCGCCACCUACAAUUUUUUACGGUCGUGUUGUCACUAAAAGAUCGGGAGAUCGUGGUUUUGGUCUGUACAUCCAAUUUCUAGAUCAAUUUCAUCCUAAAACAAUCUAA